AUGUUUCGUCCGGCAUUGGGCGCCGUGGGGAGGAUCCUGCUGCGCGGCCAGGCCACGGCGGCUCGGUCGCUGUCGAGGCCGGCCGGAGCUAGCAGGCUGAGACACCUACACUCUCAGCAGAGCAAUGUUGGGGAUGCUGCAGCUACUGCUGGCCACCGCUUUGGCUUUCUUCGCAGGUCUAUGAAACUAGCUGCAUGGUCCGGAUAUGUUGGUUUUGGGGUUUGGACCUGUAUGAAGGUGGCAGACAGGAUUCAACAUGAUUUCGUCUCUUCGGUUGUACCGUCAGAGAUUGACUGGGUUAAAGCUGGCGUCGUCUCUCCGGUUGUCAGGAAACAAAACGGUUGUGGCAGCUGUUGGGCGAUGGUUGCUGCAGCCUCAGUCGAAGCUCUACAUUACAUGAAGACCUUGAAGUCGAUCUCGUUGUCGGUUCAAGAGCUCAUCGAUUGUGACACAGAGAGUCAUGGGUGUCAGGGUGGCCACGAAGAAAAUGCUUUCAGAUAUAUAAGCAAAAAUGGACUCUCGAGCGAAUCCGACUACCCAUACAUGGCUCGGAGGAGUAAAUCUGGUUGCAAGAGAAACAAAACAGCAGCAGCAAUAAGGAUAUCAGGCUUUCGAUUUGUCAACCCAACUGAGGAUGCUCUAGAGAAAGCGGUAGCGAAGCGUCCCGUGGUGGUCACUUUGCAGUUUUUUGAUGAUCUGUAUGAGUACAAAGGAGGCAUCUUGGAUUGUAAAGCUGUCAAUGGAAAGACCGAUCGCUUGCAUCCUGUCCUGAUUGUCGGUUAUGGCACAGAUUCCAAUGGCAUCAAGUACUGGCGCUUCAAGAACUCGUGGGGACCAAACUGGGGUGAGAAGGGCUUUGGGAGGAUCCGCAGGCAUGUUGAUGACAAGCGAGGUGUGUUAGGUAUCUUCAUGGAACCAGGAGUAUAUCCGGUGCUCGAGGACUGA